AGGAGAGCUGGGAGGGAGCAGUGGGAAAGAGGAGAGCCAGCAGGCGAUGGAAGAAGAAACGGAGGAGGACGAGAACCUGCCACCGGGGGAAGAGCAGGGGAUGCGGGACAGCCUGCUCGGGGGAGCCCCGGAAGGGGCGCUGGUGCCCGCAGAAGUGCCUGAACAAGUCAAACGUGAUGAAGAAGUCCGGGGGAGGGUGCCCGAGGGAGGCUUCGGCUGGGUGGUGGUGCUGGCGGCCACCUGGUGCAGCGGCUCCAUCUUCGGCAUCCAGAACUCAUUCGGGAUCCUGUAUGUGAUUCUACAGGAGGAGAUGGAGGGCAGCAAGGGGCAAGGCAUGGACUUCAAGACAGCUUGGGUCGGUUCUCUGGCCAUGGGAAUGAUCUUCUUCUGCUCUCCAGUAGUGAGCAUCUUCACAGAUAGGCUGGGCUGCAGGAAGACCUCGUCUGGAGGAGCUGCAUUGGCUUUCAUUGGACUGUUAUCCAGCUCAUUCACCAAGUCCCUCGGUGUCCGAUAUUUCACUUAUGGGAUACUCUUUGGAUGUGGCAGUUCUUUUGCGUUCCAGCCCUCCCUGGUUAUUCUCGGGCACUACUUUAAGAAGCGUCUAGGACUUGCGAAUGGCAUUGUGGCUGGUGGCAGUUGCGUGUUCACAAUGUGCCUUCCUUUCUUGCUGAAGACGAUGGGAAAAGCUAUUGGGUUGGCACACACAUUUCAAGUGCUCAGUGCUUUCAUGUUCAUUCAGAUAUUCCUCUCUCUCACCUUUAAGCCUCUUUUACCCCCACCAAUUGAUUUUAAUAAAGAGAAGGAGAAGGUGGCAGGAAGAAGUAAAGCACAGCAGUGUAUGGCACAUACCCGGAAAUAUUUCAACAUGCAAGUGUUCCGUAGAAAGACGUAUAGAAUCUGGGCAUGCGGUAUAGCCACCACUGUUCUGGGAUAUUUUGUUCCUUACAUACAUCUGAUAAAGUUUGUAGAACAAAGAUUUAAAGAUAACUCGGGGGAGUGGAUACUCUUAGUUUGUAUUGGAGCAACAUCUGGCAUUGGUCGCCUUGCAUCUGGCAAAAUCGGGGACUGUAUUCCUGGUCUGAAGAAGGUUUACCUGCAGGUGGCCUCCUUCCUACUGCUGGGAAUUGUGAGCAUGAUGCUGCCAUUGUGCCAAGUGUUUGAAAGUGUCAUUGUGGUAUGCCUGUUCCUUGGCUUGUGUGAUGGCUUUCUUAUCAGUAUGAUGAGCCCAAUUGCCUUUGAGCUGGUGGGUCCAAUGCAAGCAUCCCAAGCUAUUGGCUAUGUCCUGGGACUCAUGUCUAUUCCAAUGACUGCUGGACCUCCUAUUGCAGGGCUGCUUCGGGAUUAUCGUGGAAGUUAUGAUUUGGCAUUUUAUCUUGCUGGCAUUCCUCCGCUAGUUGGUGCACUGGUUCUCCUGUCUGUUCCCUUGAUCCAUGAGAGAGACCUGAAGAAGACAGAACAGGUGGAGGCAGGAAAGGAGAAGACACAGGACAGUGUGGUGAAUGGAGAACUUCUGCCUGGUAGCCCACUGACUGAUGCUCAUGUGUAGACCAUGUUUGGAACCUCUGCACACACAUGGCACAAUCCUCACCACAUGACAUUUGCGGGUUGAAAUGUGGUAUUUGCAAACAUUGAUCCUAAGACAUGUUGCAGUGCUGCUGAUUUGCAGUACGGUUCCGAUUUCCAUUAACACUUGGAAAUGUCUUGGAGUCAAGCUGCAAGUUGCUAGGGAGCCUAGUAGUUGAUUACAUAAUAUUAGAGUCUCAUUAAAGAUGUGAAUGUUUAUGCCUUGUACAAAUACCUACAUAAGAAGUAAUCCUAAUAUUAUUGCAGCGUGGUAAUAAUUUUAAAGCAACACCUUAAUUACCACCUGAGCUCAUUGAGGUGGACAUUUAUUAACGUGUAUUUUCUGUACUAGCGAUUAUCUACUUAAAAUCAGGGCCUGGUUAACAAUGGGGCGGAAGGCGCUCCAGCUCCAGGCUUCUGCAUAAAAAUAGGCCCAGUAGCUGGCCAUACAGUUGGCCAUAAAUCAUAAGUAUUAAAAUUGUAUGUCUACAGUACUUCUCACAAAAUUAUGCAAUUUUCAUUUUGAUGUAUUUAGUGAGAAAGUUUAGGGGGUAUGUACACACUCCCGCUGCUCUGGCCACACCCACACAGCACUUGUCACCACUCCGUCCCUUCUCAGUACAGGCCCUUGAACUUUUCUAGCUCCAGGCCCUUAAUAUGGCCCUACUUAAAAUGUUCCUCUGUGCGAAAGAGAAGUGUUUUGUUUUUAUUUUUUUUAAACAUCCGCUGUCAUAUAUACUUUGCAGUUUUUGUCUCUCUGUGAUAAUGCACUGUGUCACUACUUUCACCCCAUCCAGGUGCAGUGUAGAAACCUCCCCUGUGUGAUUUGCUAAUUAGUCUUUUUGCUUCUCUUCAUUACAUGCUUUCUCUUUAGUUUAGCAUCAGAUUCUAAAACACAAGCUUUAAAUAAAAUGUAAUGUACAGUUAAAAUGCAUGUUUGUCCAAUAUGAAGAAGUAUUUUGUCAUAUUCAAAUUUGUAAGUAAACAUUCUUGAAUUUUGCAUAUUCAAAGUAUGUUUUCUUAAACAAUGACAUGAGUUACAUGCAGGUCAUUUAAUGCAUACUGACAAGUUAGUCCUUUCUCUCUGGUCCCACGGUUUGCUCUUCUCUCAAUGGGGGUUUGCUUCAUUUGCACAAAGGGAGUUUUCUAUUUUGUAAGAUCUGCUGUCAGUCGGCAUCUCAGUAUGGUAUGGUAUUUAUUCUACUAUUGUGUAGCAUAGUGGAAGAUUUUACAGCGCUCGCAACAUGCGAUUCUGAAACGUACUUUUUCAUAUUGGGCGGUUGCUAUGGUAUAUAGAGGUGUUUGUCAGAUAGAAUGGAGUCCAUCUGCUCCUCUGUUAGAAUACUUAGGGAUAGGAAUCAAGACUUCUAAAGGGUGGUGAAGUGGAGACGUGUUACAUGGCAAUUAAUCAGCUUCUACCUAUAAUUUUAUAGAAUGUACGUCAUAAAUGCAAGCUACAAGCUGAUUAGUUGCUAUGGGCAACUUCUCCAUUUUGAUACAGAUGUGUCCUCAUACAUCUUGCCUCAAUAUGCCAUGCAGCGGGAGAGGCCGGUCAUAAGCUGACAGGUCCCAUGCAACUCCGUUGACAUUGGACGCUUUUUUUUUCAGAAAAUGCGUCUUAUUUGCACCGCUAUGUGAACAGGACGCACACGCAGCUUAUGCUGAUUAAAAUUAUAUGCAACAUGCCUAUAUUCUGUGUGCGACUGUAUCAGCAUACAAAAUGGUACAUUUACUGUGUUUACUAGGUAAAUGCGAAAAAGACGCAUUUUAAAGGAAAAAGUGGAGCGAAAAGACACUCAGCGCUACCAAGUUACGCCACAGCAUGGCGUGACUAGAAGGGCUGUUUAACGUACCAGGAGGAAAGAUGUGAGUGAACCCAUUUGUACGUCUCCCCUUAGUGUUAGGGACAAAUAAGAACUUAUAGGAGACAUAUAUGACAUGGUGCAAAGGACUAAGGUAGUCUGACCAUAUUAAUCGUACAUUUGCCUUCAUUUUCCACACUGAGCUAGAAAAAUUACAGAAUCUCAUUGGCUGCUAAGAGUUACAAUAUCAUUUUCAGUUCUAUGAAUCGUGACAAGUUGUGUAGCCACAUUCACGGGGCCUUGAAGCUGCCCCUCGUCUCCACUUCAAUGGCCAUUAAUUGCUUUGUGCACUCGUAACAGAGCAGCAGUGAAUGUGGCAUACCUCCAAACUUUCUCAAUAUGGGGUCUAGUCAUGUAGAAAAUGAAAAGUGGUUACUUAUCACUAUAGAUCGCAUCAGUCCGAUGCAAUAUAUAGCUUUGAUAAAUAGCAAUACAUGUAUACUUCCGGCGAUGCAAUCCAGUAUACAGGGCUGCGGCAGUGCUGUCUUCUCCUGCGGUCCCCUCUGCAAAGCGUGGCGGUUCCCUGCUGCACAUGCAUUGGCGGCUGAGGUCAGGGUCGACAGCAGUGGCUGCUGGGAGUUGAGGGGACAAAGCUAGCGCCAGUUGCAGAGCAGAGAAGCAUUGAGCUCCCCUGCCGUUUUGCACUGCAGUUCAGAUUACGCUAUCCUGAGAUGACAAAUCUGAACUCCCUGGAGAAGCAGAAAGCCAAUUAUUAUUAUUAUUCGCACUCACCAUACUAAAGUAUGGUGAUGCGAUUCAGCCACAGAACGGGGGUGCCGCCGGAGAAGUCUGGAACUUCUUCAUGGUAACCUGCUUCGUGAGUAGCCCAAAGCAGAGAGAAACCCUGUUUUCCACAAAACAGGGCUUUUCUCUGCUUUACUAAUAGACCCCUGUGAGACACAAGUGUCUUUGGCUGGCACUGUUGAGUAGAGCCCUCAUAUUGCAACCGUCUUGCUUAAAUUGGAAUAGUUGGGUGGUAUGCCAUAUGUCCCACAAUGCGAAUGCACAUUGGGGUCAUUUAGCAAAUGUUACGAUGUGCAUAAAUGUUCUGCCAGAUUAUAAUACAUUUUCAUGUGCUUGCUAUAGGAUGCAUUACAUUUUUUGUUUUGUUUUCUCUUACGUCCUAGUGGUUACUGGGGUCUUGUACUUUAGUACCAUGGGUAUAGAUUGGGUCCACUGGAGCUUGGCACUUUAAAAACCUUUAGUGGGUGUAUGUGUGUGUGCUGGCUCCUCCCCUCUAUGCCCCUCCUACCAGACUCAGUUUAGAAAAAUGUGCCCAGGAGCCGGGUGCAUUUCUCUGGAGCUCCAGAGAGUUUCCUUUGGUUUUUAUUUUAGUUUACUAUUUUCAGGUAGCCCUGGUUGGCAACCAGGCUACCUGCUUCGUGGGACUUAGAGGGGGGACCAAGCCAACCUCCUGAGGGUUAAUGGUUCGUAAUUUCAGCUGACAGGACACUGAGCUCCUGAGGUGCUGAUCACACAUCGUUAGUAUGUGUGCCCACACCAGCAGCUAGCCGCCACCCUCUGACAGAUGCCGAAGUACAAGGUGUGUUGAGUGUUUCUCGGGGGUCCUGGUGCAGUUUGGUGACAAGUCACACGGCGGUCAUGGGCCCAGAGCUGCGGUGCCCGCCGCGGACAAACUGACUAAGCUCUCAGUGCUCAUUGUCUGCAUAUAUGCUGUUGUUUGUAACAUAGCCAGUAUAAAAAUUUGGAUCAGGGACCGCGCAAGAUUUCAGGGGGUGGGGCUUUCUGGAACGGGACCUGAGGCGGGAAGGCGCCAUUUUCUGCUGCUGCGGAUCAGGUUGCAUGCACGCUGCUCCUCCGGAGACCCACGCUGCUACAGGACUCUGUACUGGUACCAGGGGGUCAUAGUAAGGGGGGGAGCACAUCUGUGGCAGCGCCGCUGCACUACUGUCAGGUCAUACAUUUAGUUACACAUACAGAUGGGUCCAGAUUUAUCUUGACCUUUAAUAGGAUUAACUGAGACUGGCCAGUCGGACUUAAUCCCCUGCUGUAUUGUUCUCUGUAUUGUAUUGCAGCUGAGAACAAUAGAGAUACUGGUGUUAAAGAAUUCUAUUGAUUGCGUGGCUAAAGCAGCAGAUGCCAAGAAGGUUUCUCAGCCCCCUCUAGGGGUUUCACAUAAACGCCCCAUUCCACAAGUGCUCUAGUCUGAUUCUGACUCUGAUCAGCCUGAUGUGGAUGAUGAUGAUAUGGAUGAGGACAGCUUGCUGUUCCCUGGGGUGGAGGUUCUCAUUUUUGCUGUAAGGGAGGUCCUCCACAUACCGGAUCAGGAGGCAGACUCUGCCCACACGUGGGCGAAGUGCUGAAGGCGAGCACCUACCUGAAAAUCGCUUUGCUGCUGGGGCCAACCAUCACGCGGAAGGCUUAGCGGCAGGGGAUCCGGUAGUCUGGUCCAGGGAGACAGCAGGUGCAAUUUUACGGGACUUACCACGAGAACCUCUGGAAGUGGUCGAGACCUUUCGGCCCCUGCCUCUAAACCUUGCCACACGAAAGGACUGCAAGGAAUUGUAUUGUUCUUCUCUCAUAAUAUGUCCGUCUCCUCGGGCACAGUUUUCCUAGACUGAGUCUGGUAGGAGGGGCAUAGAGGGGAGGAGCCAGCACACACA